AUAUGGCAAAAACUCCAAACAAACAUUGAACGAAAACCGACACAUAAGACGAAUCCUUCCACGCUUAGCUUUCCAUCAUCUUCUUCCCUAUCCCCUCCGUUUCCGCAGCUCCUCAGUUCUUCAUCCUUCUUCCUCCUCCCAAUGCCUAGCACCAUCCUUUCGAUGUCUCGCCGCUCUUUCUCACCGCAGGCUUCUUGGUGAGGGAUUCAUCUUCUCCUGCUCCUCCUCAAAUCGGAUCACAAUUUUGUCCUGGUUGUUAGAUCUCUGAAAGCCGUGGAAUAGAGGAACAGAGCAAAAUAUUCUGAGCCACUGAUUUCCAUGAAAGGAGGUGGAAACUACAAGGAAACCAGCUCCGAUUCCUUCUCUGCCUCCGCUGUCAAGCAACACCCAUGGGGCAAAGCCUCGCCAGCCACAUCAACCUCACCAUUCUUCCGAUUAUUCUCCUCAAGGUCCCUCAUUUGCCUCGUAUUCUUCUCCUGCCUUUGCAUUUUUUACAUCCUCACCUUCUCUGCGUCCCCAUUCUCCACCUGCUCCACCAGUCAAAUCCACAUCUCCGAUUCCGACGAAGCCGACCACUUUGUCCACCUCUCCACCUCCUCCUCAAACUCCUCGUUCCUUCCCUCUUCCCUUCCCGCUUCCCUUGCUCCUCCAGUUCCCUCUUCGCCCCCGCCGCCGCCCCCGCUGCCGCCGCCGGCAUCAACUGCGACGGGGCUUAACCACAUUGUAUUCGGCAUCGCGGCGUCGGCCAGUUUCUGGCAGCAACGCAAAGAAUACAUUAAAAUAUGGUGGCGACCCCGCCAAAUGCGUGGUUACGUCUGGCUCGACUCGCCUGUGGAGGAACCAAAAUCCUCCGCCGAUUCUCUCCCCGCCAUCAAGAUCUCUUCCGACACCUCCAAGUUCCCUUAUAACCACAAACAAGGUAGCCGCUCGGCUCUCCGCAUCUCCCGCAUCGUCUCCGAAACUGUCCGGCUCGGCCUCGACAACGUUCGGUGGUUCGUAAUGGGCGAUGACGAUACCGUCUUUUUUCCCGAUAACCUCGUCCGCGUUCUCAACAAGUUCGAUCACCGGCAACCAUACUACAUUGGCUCCUACUCAGAAAGCCAUCUCCAAAACAUCAUCUUUUCUUACAGCAUGGCUUAUGGUGGCGGUGGAUUCGCCAUUAGCCGCCCGCUAGCUGUUUCCCUUGCUCGAAUGCAGGACCGAUGCAUACAUAGAUACCCUGCGCUUUACGGCAGCGACGAUCGCAUCCAAGCAUGUAUGGCUGAACUCGGCGUUCCACUCACACGCCAUUUGGGAUUUCAUCAGUUCGACAUCUACGGCGAUCUGCUCGGCCUCCUCGCCGCGCAUCCCGUUACGCCGCUGGUUAGUCUUCACCACCUCGAUAUCGUCGAUGCUAUCUUCCCAAACUCGGAGUCUCAGCCUGCGGCGGUCCGGCGACUGUUUGAAGGACCUGUGCGGCUGGAUUCUGCAGGGGUAAUGCAGCAAUCGAUUUGCUACUUAUCUUCUCAGCACUGGACGUUGUCCGUGUCGUGGGGGUUUGUCGUGCAGGUGGUGAGGGGCGUUAUUUCACCGAGGGAGAUGGAGACUCCGGCGAGAACUUUUCUUAAUUGGUAUCGCCGGGCUGAUUACACGGCUUACGCGUUCAAUACUCGCCCCGUUGCGCGCAAACCUUGUCAAAAACCGUUCCUUUACUACCUAUCUUCGGCUUCAUACGACAAUUCUCGCCGCACCACUUUGACUCGCUAUCGCCUCCACAAGGAUCCUCGUCCUCCGAUCUGCCGUUGGAAAACGGCUAACCCGUCCACGCUUAUUGAAGAAGUCGUCGUCUACAAGAAGCCAGACCCUUUUCUCUGGGACAGGGCACCGAGGAGGAAUUGUUGCAGGGUUCUUCCGUCUGCAAAAGUUGGAAAGAAGACGAUGGCCAUCGAGGUGGGCGUUUGUCGUGACGGGGAGAUUGCCGGGGUUAACUAGAGUUAAUUUCGUGCUUCGGUGCCAUUGCUGUGGUAUUCGAGUCUUCCAUGCAUUAAUAGAAAGAAAAAGAAGGAAAUUUGAUUCUCUUUUUCCAUUCGGUCAGAGCAUGGAUUCAUCAGAGAGGAUAAAGGUAUGGAUUUGCUUGCCAGCUUGUGGUGGAAAGUAGAUUUGAGAGAGAGAUUCAUGCCAUGUGUAUGCUGUUCUUCUUAGUUUGGCUCAUCGGUCAUUAUUUCUAGAAUCUAGAUAUAUUAUUCUUUUCUUGCUAAAAUUAUUGUUCGUCCAAAAAAACAUCUCUUCUAGAUUGCCCACUCAUACUGUACUAACUAUCAAGAAAUCAUUGGCAUUUCUUCCUUGCAACAUACCAAAGAUCUUUUUCUCUCCUUCAUUGCCACAGUAAAUGCAUUAUUGUUUGAUAGUGGGAAGACUAUAAUGGUAUAUUUGAUUACAUUUUUUAGUUAUUGAA